GCUGUUCUUCUUCCACCUUUCACUCUCCUCCACCUCCCAUCACCUGCUCCUCUUCACCAUCUCACGUCACCUCCAAAAUGCCCCCACGACUCGCCCUCCCAUCCCUUCGCCCUCCCGUCGUUUCCGUUCGCCUCACAAUUGCAAGAUACUCCAGCACCGCCCCCGAUGACGCCGUGAUCAAGACCCAUCAGAUCCCCGCGCCCGGAUCGGGGAACAUUCGCGUCUUGCUGCUGAACCGACCCAAGGCGAGAAACGCCCUGUCGAGAAGCCUCCUGGACAGUCUCGCCAAACACGUGCAAUCCAUCGCCGCCGAAGGGGGUGUCGGUCCCACACGAGCCCUGGUCAUCGCCAGCAAUGCCGACGCGGCGUUUUGUGCGGGCGCCGAUUUGAAGGAGCGGGUGGACAUGACCAAACAAGAGACCAACGAAUUUUUGUCGAAGCUACGCGGCACAUUCCGUGACCUCGCCGGCCUUCCCAUCCCCACGAUUUCCGGCAUCUCGUCGACGGCGCUCGGAGGCGGCUUGGAGCUGGCACUAUGCACGCACCUGCGCGUCUUCGGCUCGACCAGCGUCGUCGGACUGCCAGAGACGCGACUGGCCAUCAUUCCCGGGGCCGGGGGCACGUACCGCCUGCCCGGCGUGAUCGGGGUGAACCGCGCCCGGGAUAUGAUUCUCACGGGGCGCCGCGUGUCGGGCGCGGAAUCCUACUUCAUCGGGCUCUGCGACCGGCUGGUGGAGAUCCUGCCGGAGGAGGAGCAGAAGGAGGGCGCGGCGCGCGAGAAGGUGCUACGGGAGAGCAUCAAGCUGGCCAUGGACAUCUGCGAGGGCGGGCCCGUCGCCAUCAAGCAGGCGCUGCAGGCCGUCGACGGCUACCAGCGCGGCGAGGCGGCGGAGAACGAGGCCUACGCCGGGGUGAUGGAGACGGAAGAUCGCUACGAGGCUCUGCGGGCGUUUGCGGAAAAGAGGAAGCCUGCCUUCCGGGGACGAUAAACGCGCGUUGUGUAUACUAAGAUUGUAUCAUCCAUGUUGGUUGUCGAUCUCGUUCCAAUUAUAGUAUGCUCCAAGGGAGUCAGGG